CUUGUCAAGACAAGAAGAACAGACGAAAGGAUCGCCUGGGGUUUAUCGACUCGCCACUGUUCCCGAUCACCGUUGCGCGCAAGCAUCACUGCCAGAGGGUUAUACUUACCAAAGAGAACCACCGUCCAAUUGAAACGAGCCCUCCAAGAAUACAGUCAAGAUGGUUGCGAGAACUGUUGGUCUAGUGCUUCGUUCACUAGAGUUCGUGUUUACCCUCAUUGUAAUGGCUCUGGUCGGUAACAUGAUCGCCCAAGCCUUCGAUGGAGGAAACCCCGCUUCGGUGAACUAUGCUAUGUUCACAUCGGCCUUCUCAAUGGUGUCGCUCUUCCUCCUCUUCCCGAUGACUUGGGAGCCUGAAUGGGGUCUCCACGCAAUUAUCCCGAUCAUUCUCGACACUCUGAACGCCAUCUUUUUCCUGACUUCGGGAAUCGUUCUGGCCGCGAGACUGGAAGCGCACAGCUGCAGCAACCAGAAGUACCUCCUCCACAACGAUGUGACCAACAACUCCCGCCACCGGGAAAAGCGCUGCCGUGAAGGCCAGGCCUCGACUGCCUUCCUCUGGUUCGCCUGGGCCUGCUUUAUGGGCUCGUUGGUUCUCUCUAUCCUCGCUUCCCGUAGCACUGGUGCCAACCUGCGCAGCCGCGCUCCCCGCAGAGGCCCGGCUAUGUCCCAGGUCUAAAUAUGAGAGGCGUGAUCUGGGAAUAAAAGAGCACGAGAAUUUAUAACCAGUGACAUAAUGUUCCGUCCUGGAUCGGUCUGGAUACAUGCUCCUGGUGUCCCUACGAUAUAAUCCCUAAUUACUCAUCCUGCGGAGGUUGUAUUACCAAUUGGUUUCUCGGUUGUAUUUGCGUUGCGUUUGUCUACUAGGGUCCCUGGUCUCCAGGAAGCUUUGAGAGGGGAUCCUAGAAGUUUCUUCUACUGGACUCGGUAUGGUAUGGGGUUUAUGGCAGGGGGUAUAAUCCAUGAGAGACACAUCUUCUCCAUC